UUGUAGGAAACUGAGCAACGUAUAAGUUCGCUGGUGUUCAGUAACGAUGUUAGUUUGGUUUUAGCUGCUGUGUGGGUUAGUUGCGCCUAGCAUCGACAGAUACGGAGUGUAAAGUUAUUCUAUAAAUUAUUUUCGUUUGUUGAGUGAAAUUGGAGAAAAUGUCAGCUGACGAGGACACGUCGUGGGGACGCACGCGGCAGAACGGUGUAGUUCAGCCGCUUCUUACAGAUUUAUAUCAAAUCACUAUGGCCUUUGCUUAUUGGAAGAGCGGAAAGGUGCCGGAUCGUGCAGUAUUUGACUUGUUUUUUCGAAAAAAUCCAUUCCAAGGAGAAUUUACAAUUUUCGCAGGUCUUGGAGAAUGUUUAAAGUUCCUUGAAAAGUUCCAGUAUUCUAACAGUGACAUCGAAUACUUGAAGUCAACAUUGCCGGCAUCUGUGGAACCAGAAUUCUAUGAAUACCUGAGUAAUCUUACAGCGCAAGAUGUCACAUUAUAUGCUAUUGAAGAAGGAUCAGUUGUAUUUCCCAGGGUACCAUUGAUCAGAGUGGAAGGACCUCUAAUAAUGAUACAAUUAUUGGAAACAACAUUAUUAACAUUGGUUAAUUAUGCGAGUCUAAUGGCAACUAAUGCAGCCAGAUAUCGAAUGGUAGCGGGAAAGAACGUCUCUCUGUUGGAAUUUGGUCUCCGAAGAGCACAAGGUCCAGAUGGUGGUCUCAGUGCCUCGAAAUACAGCUACAUUGGAGGUUUUGAUGGAACGAGUAAUGUAUUAGCUGGAAAAUUAUUCGGAAUACCAGUUAAAGGGACUCAUGCUCAUGCGUACAUCACGUCUUUUACUGGUGUCGAGGAUUUAAAAACUAAAUCAUUACAACAUAAGCAUACAGGAGAAGCUUAUGAUCUGUUGGCUCUUGCCUGUUAUUAUCGUGAUUCCAUCGCAUCUGAGCUGGGAGCCUUAGUGUCUGAGGCCUCUGAUGGAGAGCUAGCAGCCUUGAUAAGCUUUGCAAUAGCUUUUCCAGAAGGAUUCAUGGCCCUUGUAGACACGUACGAUGUUAAGAGCAUAGAAGCCUCGGCCAAGCGACAGGCGCACGUAGCCAGUCUAAAUGUAAAGCCUAAACUUCUAACUAACGGACAUGCUUAUUUGGCAAAUAAGUCAGUGCUAAACGGUGGGAGAAACAGCCCGAUAAUAUCACAUCCUACAACGUUUCGCAACAAUGGCUGUUUAAAGAGAGGUGAAUUGGGCGAGCUCUAUGUGAGGAGCGGCCUGCUGAAUUUCUGCGCCGUAGCAUUGGCACUAGCUGAGUUGGGUUAUCAUGCAGUUGGUAUUCGUAUCGAUAGUGGAGAUUUGGCUUAUCUGAGUACAACUGCGAGAGAAGUUUUUGAAAAAAUUGCCCAUAAGUAUAACUUGCCGUGGUUUGCCAAGUUGACAAUUGUUGCUUCCAAUGAUAUUAACGAAGAAACUAUAUUGAGUUUGAACGAACAGGGUCACAAGAUCGACUGUUUUGGAAUUGGUACACAUUUGGUCACAUGCCAAAGGCAACCGGCACUUGGCUGUGUCUACAAAAUGGUAGAAAUAAAUGACCAACCAAGAAUAAAACUUAGUCAAGAUGUUGGCAAAGUGACCAUGCCUGGCAAAAAAAAUGCAUACAGAUUGUACGGUGCUGAUGGACAUGCACUAAUCGACUUGUUACAAAGGUCCAUAGAAGAUCCACCACAAGUUGGACAAAAAGUUCUAUGCAGGCAUCCCUUCCAAGAGUCGAAAAGAGCAUAUGUCAUUCCAACCCGUGUAGAAUCACUGUACAAAAUAUACUGGCAAGAUGGUAAAGUAUGUAAUCCAUUACCAACUUUAGAGGAAACAAGAAACAGGGUACAGGUUUCCCUUAAAACUUUGCGCAAUGAUCACAGAAGGAACCUGAAUCCAACACCUUACAAGGUUGCUGUCAGCGAUGAACUGUAUAAUUUUAUACAUGAUUUAUGGCUGCAAAAUGCACCGAUCGGAGAACUUUCAUAGAAAUACAACAUCCUGAUCAGUGUGAAAUGAUUGCAGAACAAACCUCACUACUUCUUUUUAGAAGUCAUCCUCGAUUCAUUGUAGGAUCUGUGUAAAACAGGUAUGAUUCAGAGAAUAGAAAACUCGUUCUGAAAACUAAAAUAUUCUAUAGAGUUUUGGUACCUGUCAGUUCGUAUUGAACGUCAGGAAGAAGCACGUUAUAACCAGAAACGCUCGUUUCCAAACGAUAUGAAAGAAUUGUCGCGUCCUCAACAACGGUCGGAUUAUUGGUAUAGUAUUUCAUUGUACAUAAUAAAAGUAAGUCAAUAUGUAGCAACUCGAAAAUGGAGUUAUUUUUUUUCAUUCUACUGAGAGGUACAAAAUUAAAGUACAUAUAGCUAUGAAAUAUUUUAACAAUAUUACGGAUUUUAUGAGACAAAGGCAAAAAAUAUUUUACAAUAUACACGGUGAACCAGUAAUAGUUUAUUCUGUAUCCCUAUCAAACGAAAUGACCUCAUAUUGGUACUCAGUUGAACUGAGAUAUACAUAUAAGUAUAUAUGUAUAUAUACAUAUACAUUGCAUACUGUAUUUUUUCCGCGGAUAUACUUAUAAUAACAACUUUGUCGAUCUUGGGUAGAAGAUGUGUCGAAUAGCUAAUAUCGGUGUAAUAUUUCCAGUAAUUGUAAGGAGUCAUUUAGGGCACUGAUCCUUGUAUAAGGAAUAGCAGAGCAUAUUUAGGGUUUCUUGGAUUAGAAUUUGGGAUUUCCACAAACGUUAUAGAUCACAAUAUAAAAUAUUCGUAAUUAAUAUCAGUAAAUAAAAUCUACUAUUUUUUUAGAUUUGAUCAAGUCAAUGUCACAAAUUAUGUCAAGUUUCACAGUAUAAUGUUGAAAACAUUUAUUGUGCAAGUAUAUUUUACCCACCUUCAAUCAGUAAAAAGAGACAUAGAUCACUUUUGUAGAUUUUUUUUUUAGAGAUUAAUCGGUUUUUCCUCACAAUGCAUAAGUAUGAAUAAAUAUUUUAAAGGACUAAUAAGAUAGAUAUUCAAAACCAAAGUUGCCUGAAUCAAAGAACACUUUAUUCUAAAUAAUGCAAUGAAUAUGAAAUAUGAAUCGUUAAUUAUACAGCUAUGACCACCCUCUAUAUACCUACAAAUAUGAAUUCCAUUGAUUUAUGUAUUUUAUAGACCGCUUCAACGAUUUGGUAUUAAUUCUAACAAAAGCUAAAUUAUUCAAAUUUGGCGAUAAAUACGGGAAAGUAGUUUCUGGGCUUAAAAUAAUAUCGGAACUGUGAUGUGAUUAGUUAUAAUGAUACAUCGAUGUUAAAAAUGAUUCUUAAGUUGAAUUAGAAGACUAAUGUUCAUAGGAGAACGUAAUGGAAGCUGGGUAUUGAAACUUGAUUUAAAUAUCAACUAGUUGUUUUAUAAUUGGCAAGUCUCUGUUAUACCAGAGAGUGUCCAAUUCUGUUCGAUUUAAAUUUAUAGACUAGACUUAUUCAUUCUUGUUAUAUGAGUUAUAAUAUCUUGCUUUUGAUACGAUCAGAUACUUUAGACAUCAGCGGGCACAGUUUCACCUGUUCAAAUUUAGUUACUGUAUAUUGAAAUAGUGAUUCUUUCAUUGAUAAACUUCAUAGUAAUAAAACACACCCCACUAGUUUAUUACGUGAUAUGAUAGGAUGUUUCAUGCACAAUAACCAGAUUAAGAUAAAUAUUGAAAAUGUAAUUUACCUGUAAUUUUAAAGAUAAAUCAAACAUCUUGACAUAUAUAGCUCACAAAUUACGGAUGGUAUAAAUUUAACGUGCUCAACAAUUUGUCUUAUGGAAUUGUUUUUCAGAUAUGUAUAAUGUUCUACACAUUUUAGUGGAGAUAAGUGAUGUUGCAAUUGAAAUUGUUGUUUUCCGUGGGUUCAUACCAACUGUUAUCUUCAGCAAUUUAUUUAUUUGCAAAACACUUGAUAUAUUUUUACACAGCUAUAUAAUUUAGUUCAAUCAAGCGGUAAUCGUAACUUAGUUGUAAGUCUAGUGUACGAAGCUGCUUAUAGAUCUCAUUGUACUGUUUUUUUAUAAUUUCAAUACAGAAAAGUUACGACUGAUCACGCUAUAUUAUCAUUGACUAUUUUGUACUAAAGACUAUGAUUUUAAUUUGUUGUUACAAAAUUGUUAAUACAAUAUGCUUAUAGAAA